GAGGGGUUCAGCCUCCCUCCUGCCUGAAACUUGGCACGCGUCAAGAUUUGUAAAUAUAGAACAGCUAACGCGUUUCUUAAACUCAGUAAAGCUCAAAGCACUAAAGAAGUAAGUCAGUUGUCGACUAUUUAUCGAGUUUAGUGUGUGUGCUUCAUGUCAACACAAAUCAAUUGAAGAAUCAAGUGCAACUUUUUUAAUUUCAAGAACAGAAAACAUGCCGCGAGCUUUCCUCAUUACACAUCGGCGGUACAACUUGGAGGGGAUGGAGCAAAAAGAACUAAACUCGGAAAAUGCAGUCAGUAUCGCCGACGAGGGCGAUUCAUCGCAGCCCUCAGAAUGUCCCGAAGAGUUGUACAAUUUGACCAAAUUGGCCGAAGUGGCCGUAGCCACCGGCCAGAUUCUGGAACAGACCAGAUUUCCUUCAAACGACCCACCGGUGUUCAACUACACCCAUAAACUCUUCGAUAAGUCUUCCCGGGCCCCCAGACCACACCUAACCAAGACUGAAGAAUACAAUAGAAAAAUUGUUUCGUCUUCCACCGCUAACAUACCUCAUAGUAGCACUCAAGAUGGGGUUUUGGGCGAGAGUAAUGACCACGAAUGCAACGAUUGUGGCAAAAGAUACAGCACUUCGAGUAAUUUAGCUCGGCAUAGGCAAACACAUAGAAGUCCGGGGGAUAAGAAGGCAAGACGUUGCCCCCAUUGUGACAAACUCUAUGUCAGCAUGCCGGCAUUUUCGAUGCAUGUGAGAACUCACAAUCAAGGCUGCAAAUGUCAGUAUUGUGGCAAGUGUUUUUCGCGGCCUUGGCUGCUUCAAGGCCACAUCAGGACCCAUACAGGCGAAAAACCAUUUAAAUGUACCAUCUGCAACAAAGCCUUCGCCGACAAGUCCAACCUGCGCGCCCACAUCCAGACCCACUCCAACACCAAGCCUCACAUUUGCGGCCGCUGUGGCAAAGCCUUCGCCCUCAAGUCCUACCUCUACAAGCAUGAGGAGUCCUCCUGUAUGCGCAUCAAUGGUCGACACUCAUCCCGCGAAGCCACUCCAGACAAAGUCUUCUCGCCAACUCCGGUGAUUGUUUCCGGGCCCCGGAUCGCCGACAGUGUUAUCAAAAGUCCGGAACGGCCGCUUUUGUACCGCUCGACUGUCAUUUCUCCGAAUCCGGAACGACUUCUUUGCUCGACUAUUAAACAUCCGUCUGUCAUUUUGAACACUUCAUCUAGAUUUGGCAUUAGUCAGAUUUUUCAGGAACAACCGAUGGAUUUUUCAGCGCAGACUCGAAGAGAGUAUGGGUUAGCAAUCGCGGUUUAAAAGUUGUUUAAAAAUUCCGAAAGGGACCAUUGGAUGCGUGCCUUGUGAAUUGUAUGUUGUGCCCUUGGGCAGCUUCUGAUUGUAAUAAUUUUGUAAAUAAGGACGAUACUAUUAGCCGAUAAUUUUUUUCUUUUUAAGUUCAAAGUGCCCUUUGUUGUACUAGACGAGAGUGUCUCUAGUCUUGGAGCGCAUUUUGGCGAACUAAGUUUGACCGAAAUGCGUAGUCAUUUUAAUAUUUUAAGUUAUUUAUUCCUAACUAACAAAUAACAGAAUAGUUUUAGUUGUUUUUUUUUAAUAUAUCGGCUAAUGAUAUAGCUUUUCCUAGUCAUUAUUAAGUUAAUUGGCUGUUAAAAUUGGACAAGAUUUUCACAACUUAUCCAAUUGACGGUCAUGUAAGGCCAAAAGUGCAAUAUAUUUAAUUACAAUUAUUUAAUUGUUUGUGUCAUAUUAUCAUAGAUAGUUUUUUUUUGUUUAUUGUCAAAAAUUCAUUCCUAGAGGAUUUAGAGUUUGUCAUUCCCGUAACAGUCUACCUUUUUGGUGCAACCAUUUUGUGAAAUUUGUUUUCUUACUUUUGUGUACUUUUAUACCGAACUUUUUUUAAUAAACGUGCUAUCAAACUGA